UCUUGUCUCGCCUUCAUCGACUCAUACAAGCCUGAACGCCUAUACUGCUACUGAUUACCGACUGUAUUGAGCUUCGACUUCUUGUGCUGUGUACAAUGGGCUCUGCUUGGUCUGAUGUCAUCGGCGAUUCCUCCAGCGAAGAUGGCCAUAAUGACCCUCUGCGAUGGGAAGGCAGCUACUACCACCCUACGUCUUCAGACGUGGAUAUCGUUGAGAACGGGCUUGUGAAGCUCGGACUCCCGGUUGAACUCGCACUCUACAUACUUGACUUGGCCGAGUACUGGGUACGCGAGAUACUCUGCGAGCGCGCUGGCGAGCUGGUUGUCAAAGCCAUCGGCAGUCCAAAGAAUAGCAGCACCUGGUGCUACCUCGUCUCCCCGCCGCUAUCUUGUAGGCCGCGAAAGAUACGCUUCCAUGUCCUCUCGCACGAUCAAGGAUGGGGCGGGCCGCCGGAUUGUCGAAAGACAUUCCGAGGCUCGUUCUCCUGGACGGAGGUUGCGCUCAUGCGCCCGAAACGCACUGAAGCCGACAACGGAAAGCGCCUUCCAGCCAACGACGAGAAGCCAGCACCUUCAAGUGAGGGCGCGCUAUCGGACGCGCCCUACCUCCCCGGCCGCCUCACCUGGGUCGAAGCCACCCAAGCGGCCAAUUUCGUCGACGUCACCUCCGAUGACCCCAACGACAUCGCGCUCGACGACCCGCUCUACGAGCCCGUAGAGAUCGACGGACGUACCCAUCGGCCGCUGCAGCACAACCGCGUCGCAGUCAGGGCGUCGGAGAGUCACGAGAUCGAAUGGCGGGAGGAUGAGGGUGAAGUUGAGGAGUAUCAAGGAGAUCGGAGCGACGAUACUGGCGCGGGAUAUGGGGGCGGCUUUGUGCGCGCGAUUCAGGAGGGGGAUUGCAUUGCGGUGUUUGCGAGGGCGCAGUACCCCGGCUGGGAGUGCCAUGUCGAGGCGGUCACGAUUGAGACGUUUACUGGGCCUGGUCUCUACCAACCUACACCCUCGGAGGUCAACGUCGUCAAGACCGGGUUACUCAAGCGCGGGCUUCCGACGGAGCUUGCGCUGCACAUUCUCGACUACGCCAAGUAUUGGACCAGAGAGACUUUCUGUGAGCGUACUGGGAAUUUGGUUGUCAAGUCCAUCGGCACUCCAAACGAGAGCAGCACCUGGUGCUACCUCGUCUCGCCGCCACUCGAAAGUAAACCGAGGAAGUUGCGCUUCCAUGUCACCUCGCACGAUCAGGGAGGCGGAGGCGAGCACUUUGACUACUAUAAUCUUUUCCGGGGCUCUCAUUCCUGGUUCGAAGUCGCGCUCAUGCGCCCGAGGCGCCUUCCAAUUGAUGAAUCGGAUGAGCAGCAAGUAUCCGAAGCCGCGCCGUCCUGGGUAGAGGCCGCGCAGGCGGGGGACGCCGACUUCGUUGACGCCACCGCCGCCGACCCUGGCGCUAUUGCGCUCACCAGCCCGCGGUACGAGCCGGUGCGGAUAAACGGACUCACCCACGCGCCGCUACAGUGCAAUCGCGUCGCGGUUGAUACGGCAGAACGCCAUACGAUUGAGUGGCGCGUGGACGAAGAUGAUGUGGUGCGGAAAUGGGGCAUACAGAGCGAGGACACGGGCUCUGCGUUUGGCGGUGGUUUCGUGCGCGCUGCCAGACCAGGAGACUGCAUUGCAGUGUUUGCAAGGGCACGGGGACCUGGCUGGGAGAACCAUGUCGAGGCGGUCACAAUCGAGGCAUUCACUGGGAUCCUCACAUUGCGCACAAUCAAGUGA